AUGGCAGAUAACAAGGAUCUAAAAAUGAAAGGUUACAUGAUCGAGGAAGAAGGGGAAACGGUGAAGGAGGCUUACGAGAGGGGCAGGUUUGAGACCAUGCAGCGUUAUAGGGCUAUGCUGUUGAUGUAUCGUGACCAGAGUAAAGCUAUUGAGGCAAGGCACCAGGAGGAACUCAAUAAGAUGAUGAAAGAGUUCGAGCUGGUCCUUGUCGAAGCCAAGCUUCAAGAUGUUCAGGUUCCUACUAUCGAUUGGUUCAAGUUGGGUGAGCCAAUGAUGUAUGACUGA